GUGCAUGGAGACAAAAAGGCGCGUUAAAAGGAGUUGAAUCAAAAGAUUAGAAAUGGCACACAUCAAUCAGAGAUUCAUAAUGGGGGACACAUUAGACUUUUUGACAAAAUAUCACAGUAUAUCUAAUAAACUAAAAAAACGCUUUUUAAGAAAGCCAAAUGUUGCUGAAGCAAGCGAUCAAUUUGGAAUAUUGGCUAUCGAAUGUGAACAGAAGGAAUUGUGGCAAUAUGCAGGCUUAUGUUCAUUAGCUGCAGCUAGAUGUCAAGGAACAUUAGACAAUGUAUCUUCAGAGUUGAACUUUUUAGUAAAAGCAGGUAGAGAAUUUCUUGUGGCAGAUAAAAAAGAUAAGGAUAUAGGAUGCCCCUCUAUAGGACAGGAAAAUACACAGGCUGCUAUAAGUUGUUUUGGUCAUGCUCUGGCACGCUGCCACAAUCAAGCAGGAUUUAAUACCAUGUCUGCUGGAUUAGCUCUAGAAUUGGCAAUAGCUUUAGGUCCUACUCCAGCUGGUACACAGCAACUGCAUAAAGCUAUUGAUAUUUUUCCAACUGCAAAAGCUAUUAGCACACUGGUGUCAUAUCACAUUAAGCAGGGGGAUUAUGUGUCUGCUCUACAAAUUCUUAAUGAGUUCGUUGAAUUUAUUGAGAUUUAUAUCAAUACUGGUGCAAGAGGCAACUACAGUGUUAUAUUACAUAGGUGUGAAGUAACCAGAGUACUGUUAUUACUCAUACUUCAGCCAUCACCACAGAGGCUUACACCUUCAUUGGUCCAAGUAUUAGAAAAAUAUGCAUGGGUAGAAGAAACUUCAAAUAAUGAUUUUAAUAUGAGUGAGGAUGAGUUGUUACUGUUACAAUCUUUAGUGUUAGCAUCUCAGUCACAUGAUUAUCAAGCACUGUUAGAAUUGGAAGGUGAAUUGUGGCCCUCUUUGGAUGCAGAACAAAGGGAAUUAUUGCACAAACUAAUUCAAGUACUAACAGUGCAAUGAACGAACAAUGUUCUGCAUACAAAUAAUAACAAAUAAUCUUGUAAAUAUUGAAUAAACACCUGGAGUUCU